AUGGACAAUGCCAUGAGAUCAGCCAUAGGAAGCUUUGCAUUGGUUCAGCCAUAUUUCAAGCUGCUCUUACAGACAAAUCCAAACUCAAGAGUUGCCCUCAAAACGGAAUUAGAUAGCAAUGGAGUUGAUCGGUUUAAGUAUCUCUUCCUUUCACUGCACACAUCAAUCCAAGGAUACGCAUACAUGAGAAAGGUAAUCGUCAUAGACGGUACGCACCUACGAGGCAGAUAUGGAGGCUGUCUCAUUGCUGCAAGUGNUUGGAAGGCAUGUAGAGCGAGGGAAAUAGCGAUGGACAAUGCCAUGGGAUCAGCCAUAGGAAGCUUUGCAUUGGUUCAGCCAUAUUUCAAGCUUCUCUUACAGACAAAUCCAAACUCAAGAGUUGCCCUCGAAACGGAAUUAGAUAGCAAUGAAGUUGAUCGGUUUAAGUAUCUCUUCCUCUCACUGCACGCAUCAAUCCAAGGAUACGCAUACAUGAGAAAGGUAAUCGUCAUAGACGGUACGCACCUACGAGGCAGAUAUGGAGGCUGUCUCAUUGCUGCAAGCGCUCAGGAUGCAAAUUUUCAGGUGUUCCCUCUUGCGUUUGCAAUAGUUAACAGUGAGAACGAUGACGCGUGGACGUGGUUCUUACAGAAGCUAACGGACGUCGUGCCAGACGAAGCAGACCUGGUGUAUCCAAUGUCAUCGCAUGCGGCGUGCGUGGUCCACCUAAAGAGGAACAUCAUUGUGAUUUUCAAGUCAGAGGCUUUGGGCGCAUUGGUGUCGAGCGCAGCGAGAGCUUACAGACUAGCUGAUUUCAACAAACUCUUUGCAAAGAUCGCAAUGAACAGCAAAUGUGCAGACUACCUAACUGGCAUCGGUUUCGAGCACUGGACGCGAUCACACUUCGUGGGGGAACGUUUCAACGUAAUGACAAGCAACAUAGCUGAAUCCUUAAACAAUGUGUUGACUAUGGCACGUGAUUACCCCGUUAUUUCGAUCCUUGAGACCAUCUGA